AUGCCCGAAACAACAAUAAGAAUAUCAGUCGUUCAAUUCGAUCAAGAAGAUCAAUAUUUAAAUGCAUCAUUAGAGGAUAACAGAACAAUAGUGUCUUCCAAUACCAGUGUGACAGAGGGAAGCACAAUUCACUCACAACAACCUACACGAUUGGAUAGGUUAUUAAGAGGAAGUCUAUCUGAUUCAGGCUAUAUUUCAGAGAAAAAAAAUCAAGAAAUAAAGUUUGAUGACCAAGAAUUUACAUCAAACGAAGAUCCAUACCGAUGGGUGAUAUUAUUUAGUGGAUUCCUGGCUCAAGCAAUUAGUAUGUGUACAUUAUCAAGCGUCAUGCAAGACUAUUUUGAUCGUGAAGUGUUUAAGGGAUCUGUUGAUUCUACUGAACUUAGCUUUGUUGGCACCAUUGGGUUUUCUUUUUGUGGUCUUAUGGGUCCUGUUACACCCUUAUUUAUGUCACUUGUGGGUGCUCGUUGGUUAUUAUUUUUUGGUACUAUUUUGAUAUCAGCUGGUCUGAUCUUGGCAAGCUUUUCUACUCAAGUUUGGCAAUUGUAUAUUACUCAGAGUGUGAUGCAUGGCAUGGGUGCUGCACUUUUGUAUAUUGUUUCUAUGUCUAUAUCACCUCAAUGGUUUGUCAAAAGAAGAGGAUUUGCUAUGGGUGUUAUGGUAAGCGGUUCUGGUGUCGGUGGUUUGAUUAUGCCAUUUGUUAUGACAUCGCUGAAUGAAUCACUGGGUGGAGCUUGGUGUUACCGUGUCUUGGGGAUCAUCACAUUCGUUAUCAGUCUAUUAUCAACAUUAUUAUUACGUGAAAAAAAGUCUAAAUUACCCGGGAAUGCUACCAAGAAGUUUCAAUUGGCUAAUAUGAUGGACAUGAGUAUCUGUAAAGACAGUAACUUUAUUAUUUGGUGUAUUGUUGGCAACUUGAGCAUGCUGUCUUACUUUAUUCCCGCCUUUUAUCUUCCGUCACAUGCAACCAAGAUUGGAUUAAAACCUUCUCAGGGAUCAACACUUGUUGCUGUCUUCUCAGCUGUCAAUGUAUUGGGUCGGAUCUUUUCAGGAUUUUUGGGUGAUCAUGUUGGUGUCGUCAAUACCAACAUCAUGUUCUUGUUUGUAUGCGGUCUAAGCUCGUUGUUUAUUUGGACGUUUGCGAAUUCGUUCAUUACACUCUUGAUAUUUAUCCUUAUUUAUGGUUUUAUGAGUGGUGCUGUAUUUUCUUUAUCUGCAAGAUUUGGUCCUUCUCUGGCAGGAGCAAUACAGACAGCAACCAACAAGCAUUUGUUCUUUUCGCAACAAAUGUUUACCGGCCUAGCUUUUAUUACAACCAAAGAUGUGGGCAAAGGUAUGAUAGAAGAAUGUAUUCAAUAA